GUUUGGAGUAAAAACACACUCUUUGCUGGAGGAAGUACCACAUGCAUGUGGGUAGCAUACGGCUGAGCUAUCACCUGCUUUACUGUCACAGUCAUACGAGCAGGACUCUAAUUCACUGCAAUACUGGCAGCCAGAGGAGACAUGGCAGAGGAACAGGACCACACAGGAUCCCCCUGGGAGGACCUGCCUCUAACUAAAGAUUAUCCUGAACUAAGAGCUGGACUGAAUGGAGAGAUGGGAGAGGAGGAUGCUCCUGGCUCCACAGAUCAGGCAGGAAAAUGUGGCCCCAACCUGCUGCAGAUGCUGAAGGCGGCAGAGAGCAGGAGGUCUCCUCAGGGUCAGGACAGAGACGGAGAUGAGGCCUCUGGGGCGGGAGAGCUGGUUACUGAAGCUCUGAAGACUGACAUGCAAAUACAGCUCACUGACCAGAAGCAAGAAUUCAACAAACGUCCCAACAAGACAGGUCAUCGCUCUCUGUCCCACUCCAUCUCACAGUCGUCUACAGACAGCCACAGCUCAGUGUGCAGCGACAGCUCCGAGGAUGAGUCAUCUCCCAAAGGCAAAGUUCAGAAGACUUCCAAAGGCCUUUCAGACUUCUGCAUCAAAAACAUCAAGCAGGCUGAGUCUGGACGCAAAGAGAUAGAGAUCGCACAACAAGAAAUGCCAGCACUGAUGGUCCUGAGGAAAAGAGCAGGUGGAGAGAAACCUCUGGCCGGCGCCAAAGUUGUGGGCUGCACACACAUCACUGCACAGACGGCGGUGCUGAUUGAGACUCUGAGUGCGUUGGGGGCUCAGUGUCGCUGGGCGGCCUGUAACAUCUUCUCCACUCAGAACGCUGCUGCUGCUGCUCUGGCUGAAGGAGGCACCUCAGUGUUUGCGUGGAGAGGAGAGUCAGAGGACGACUUCUGGUGGUGUAUUGACCAAUGUGUCGGUGCAGAGACCUGGCAGCCAAACAUGAUUCUGGAUGACGGAGGCGACCUGACCCACUGGAUCUAUAAGAAGUACCCGAGUCUGUUCAAGAAGGUCAAAGGCAUCGUGGAGGAAAGUGUUACAGGAGUUUAUCGGUUGUACCAGCUGUCUAAGGCUGGCAGACUGUGCAUCCCGGCCAUCAAUGUGAACGACUCAGUGACCAAGCAGAAGUUUGACAACCUGUACUGCUGCAAGGAGUCCAUACUGGACGGGUUGAAGAGAACCACUGACGUCAUGUUUGGAGGAAAACAGGUGGUGGUGUGUGGAUACGGUGAGGUUGGUAAAGGCUGCUCCGCCGCCCUCAGAGCACUGGGUGCUGUCCUGUACGUCACAGAGGUGGAUCCCAUUUGUGCCCUUCAGGCCUGCAUGGACGGCUUCAGAGUGAUUAAACUGAGUGAGGUGGUCCGACAGGUGGACGUGAUCAUCACCUGCACCGGGAACAAAAACGUGGUGGGGAGGGAACAUCUGGACAGAAUGAAGAACGGCUGCAUCGUCUGCAACAUGGGACACUCCAACACCGAGAUAGAUUUGGUGAGUUUGCAGGCUGCGGAGCUGAGGUGGGAGCGUGUGAGGCCUCAGGUGGACCACGUGAUCUGGCCCGAUGGCAAGAGAAUUGUCCUGCUGGCUGAGGGCCGUUUGCUGAAUCUGAGCUGCUCCACGGUGCCGUCGUUUGUCCUCUCCAUCACUGCUACAACUCAGGCGCUGGCUCUCAUAGAGCUGUACAACGCUCCAGAGGGACGAUACAAACAGGACGUCUACCUGCUGCCCAAGAAGAUCGAUGAGUACGUGGCCAGUCUUCACCUGCCGACAUUUGAGGCUCACCUCACAGAGCUGAAUGAGGAUCAGGCCAAAUACCUCGGCAUCAGCAAACAAGGGCCCUUCAAACCAAACUACUACAGGUAUUAACUUGUGAAGCUGAAGGACAGAAGCUCUUCAGACAAGCUCUGGUGGAUUUUCAUGUUACUCCCAGUCCUGUGGGCAGAGCACUGGCGCCCCCUCCUGUCUGAAGAUCACUUUCAUGUUGACGUCACUUGUUUUUCUGUGUAUGUGUGGUUGCAUCUGUGUUAUGUGUUAAACUGCUCCUAGUUAGACAGUAAAUCCAGAAUAAACUUAACAACAUGUAAAGAGAAACACAAAGAGCUGAAUGUUUUAUUGUCUUCACUUCGAAUCAAAGAUAAUGACAGUCAUUGACUGGAGCAGGAAUCAGUAACAUAUAUUUAACCAACAACAACUUAUCACUGAGAAAAGAACACAUAUAAAUUAAUACACAUAAAAUAGUCUAAUGAUCACAUGCCCUAUGACUUAAUAUUGUUAGUUUUGUCCUUAUUUAAAGCCUCUCGUUGUGUUUCUGUCUCAUAAUUCUAUUAAAACAAUAAAGUUAAAUGUG